CACCGUGUACCCGGAAGCAACCCGCGUGAAGGGAAAAGUUCACGUGUUAAGCUAACACUUAUCAGAGGAUAACUUCUUCUGUUGAAGCAACGUCUCUGAUUCGUCAGUCAUAGUCGUAAACACAUGUGACGUAGUUAGUCUGCGCCUCGUUUUUAAGAAAAAAACAACAAUGUCUGCUGCUAAGGUGAAGAUGCGGGAGAAGAAGAUGAGGAACCAGCCCGCCAGUGUGCAGUAUCCAUCCUCUCAGGGCAGCGGCCAGGAGGGAGGAGACACCCCGAGCACCGGUGCAACCGGUGGUGAUGGUCCGUCUGACAUCCAUCGAUCGACAGAUAGGCAGAAGAAACAUCACCACCGCAGCGGAUGGGUCCGUGGACACCAGAGAGAUGGAGGGAGCUACGAUAAGGAAAUGCCCAAGUACAUCACUGGUGGUGCUUUUGCUAAGGCCAGGGCUGCUGAGGUGAGCGCCAUGUUGAAAGCCGUCACCAAGACGACAGGCAGCAGCCAUGUGUUUGGCGCCCUGCCCAAACACAUGAGGAGACGGGCCAUGAGUCACAACACCAAGCGGCUCCCUCGCAGACUGAGAGAUGUGGCCAACAGACUGCGAGAGAAGAGCCUCCAGGCUGGCUCAAAGAAGAAGAAGGAACAGGCAAAGUGCAAGAGCCGCAAGGCCCGUCGGCGGCACGGAAACCUGCUGCUGGAGUUCAACCGGCGUCAGAGGAAGAACGUGUGGCUGGAGACGCACAUCUGGCAUGCCAAGCGCUUCCACAUGGUUAAGAAGUGGGGCUACUGCCUCGGGGACAGACCCACGUACAAGUGUUACCGCCCCUCCUACAGAGCCAUGAGCACCCACUGUUUGCUGCAGGACCUUUCGUACUACUGCUGCAUCGAGCUACAGGGAGAGGAAGACAAGCUGCUGGCUUCUCUGUCACAGCUGACCAGCAAGGAAGCUGGUCCUACAUUUGCUGCAGUGUUGUGUACAUCAGGGAAAAGACAAGGCAGCGUGGUGGUGUACCGAGCGGGACUUUACCCCUCGCAGCCCCUGGGCCCUGUCACCUUUCUCUGGAGACCCCGUACGCAGGGCUCAACCCACAGACAGUUGUGGAUCUGGGCUCAUCCCACUAACAAACAGGACCUUCUCGCUGAAUUACAAAGUGUCUGCCAGUGUACUGAGGCUAUAGUCCCUCCACUUGUGCCUGCAGCGACAACCGCAGAGACGGGUCCCACCCCAGAACCAGAAACUCGACCAGAAAAGACCCCCGAGGCCACGCGACUCCCUGGGACCAAGCGAAAGCGGAACUGCAAGGACGCCGGCGAACCUCCCGCCAAAAAGAUCCUGGGAGAUGGAACCAGAUCUCCCACUUGCCCAGUUACAUGGAGGUCCAACUCAACUGGAAUAGUCAUAAAUGAUCUCACAAUGGAGAUCGUACGUUAUCGUCUUAUUGGACCACAGUCCCACUCUGUGCUCGCAGAAACUUUUGAAGCGGCUACCGACUGUGAUGAAAGGAAUAAAUCCCAGACGUCCUCCCUGUGGUGGCCUGAGCACUGUAAAGACGAAAGCAAGAUGAAUCUGCAUCGACAACAAGCCGAUGUCUUCCAUAUACUGAAAGACAUCUAUUCAACUGGAGAGCUCCCCGCAGGCACGGUGCUGGGUCUGGCUGUGGACGACCCCAGGCUGACUCUACCAACAAAGAAGGUUAAAGCUUUGCCCAGUGUAAAGCAGACACAAGAAGUGGACGAGGCGGAGGAGGAGAAGAGGAGGGAGCUGAUGCUGCGAGGGGUACCAGAGCACUGCUGUCAGAGUUCUCUGUGGGAUCAGUCUGUACGGGACAACGUCACCAAUAACAAGAUGUCAGAGCAGUCUGUAUUUCUGGCUAUUUGUGUGCUACAGGAGUUGAACCGUAUGAAGAGCGAGGUGCUGGUGCCGGGCUCCAGGCUGAGCUCCACUCCCCCGCAGGGCCGAGUCCCCGUCCUGCUGGUUCACCAGCCGGGCAAACAGGUGGGACACGAGAUGAGCUCCUGGGGUGCUGGAUGGGACCUGCUGCUUCCUAAAGGCUGGGGCAUGGCCUUCUGGGUCCCACUGGUGUACAGGGGAGUUCGCAUCGGUGGGCUGAACAUGAGUCUGAAACACUCUCAGAAUAAAGGAAUCCCCCACUUCCCCCACGAUUACCCCGACUGUCCGGCAGGCGUUUGUUUUGAGGAGGAGCAGGAGGCGGAGCUUCUGAACAAGUUCAAAAGGCGCCCGCCCGCCAAAAGGACCAAUUACAUCAAACACGGCUGUCUGGCUCCGUUCCGUUGCCCGUGGCAACAGCUGGCCGAGGAGUGGGAGCUCAUCGCGAUGCAAACCACAACUCGCACUGACACCUUGACGGAGGAGGAGACAACGUCACGUCCAGAUGACGGUGUAGCGAAGCCCCAGAGCCGCUUCACUGUGCUGAGGAACAGAAAGUCUCUGAGGCUGCUCUCCGAUUGGUGCCGGCCCACAACAUCCAAAGGUCAGAGGCGGUGUCGCGUCGGGCAGGCGCCGCCUCUCGACUCCUCCGCUGCGAGACAGUUUCUCGCAGAGCACGGGACGAGUGUGGUGUGGGUGCGCCUGUCGCUGCCGUCGAAGGGCAAACCCGAGCUCCAUGCCGCGGUGUGUGUGCCGGUCGCAGAGGACUUGAGGCUGCUGAACAAGAAGUUGGACGGCGGAGGCCCCCAGGAGCCGCUGCACAAAAACCACUUCAAAAGCAGAAUCAAACGCAAAAAGAAGGGCGCCAAAAAAGCCGCGACGUCCUCCGAUAAGACUGACGGUAAGGAGUCAGACCUACCAAACCUCACUACCUCCACCGAAAACCCCAAGUCAUCCUCCGAGUCGUCAGCAGAUCUCAUCUUUGGGCUGUGGCCGGACCCUCUGCCGAGCGUCACCUCCCACUGCUCCAGAGUGACCCUGGGCUGGGUCACGCAGGGCGACUUCUCCCUGUCCGCAGGCUGCGGCGAGGCCCUGGGGUUCGUCAGCGUCGCCGGCCUCCUCAACACUCUCCUCGACCAGCCAGCGGAGCACAGAGGAGUGGUGCUGCUGCGCAACCCCGCCUCCCUGCAAUACCGCCUCGCAAAGAUCAACAUAGAGGUCUGAUCGAAGCACGCCAUCCAACGCAACGUAACUGUUAAAGUUAUACGCAAUUAAAUUGCAUGAAAUAAGAGGUUGAAUUGCAUCACAACAGAAUGUGCCUAUGUUUCUGCUUUCUCGUAAUGUGCCAUCAUCUACCCUACAGUGGUGUCUGAAGGAUUUACAGCAGCUACCAGGUUUCGGCGUUGAAGACAAUUUUUUGUUGUGUGUAAUUUUACUUUUAGAGACAUCCUCAUUGUUUAGGCUGAACAAGGUUUACUGGAUAUUUGUUUUCAUACUGACUCCUUUUGUCAGAGGAACGUUCCACAAAGGGAUGAGUUCAGUAAUGGGACUUGGUUUCCAGUUAGGAAGUUCAGCCUUUUAUUAAAGGUAUUCAUUCAUGGUUAAUUGUACAUCUUUUUUUUUAUAUCGAGGCCUAGUGGUGCGCAGAGUAUUUAUGUUGGUGGCCGGUUUUUGUUCAACACUGAAAAGGUUUUUGUUUGAACGUGAGCCAAUAAAACGGUGCACUUGACAGAA